ACUCGUCCACCGCAUCGGUUUAGCCGCCACCAUGCUCAUCGCGCAGCUGCUUCUGCUCGCCACGACGGCUGCUGGGGCGCCAGCGCCGGCGCAGGCCGUGCUCGGCUCAGCCGCGCCCAGCCCCGACUCCAGUGCCCCUCCUAGUCCCCGCCCAAAUCCACGCCCGCUCGUCGUCUGGCAUGGGCUGGGAGACACCGCGCACUCGAAGGGCAUGGACCAGUUUGCAGAUUAUGUACGCAGCGAAUUCCCGGGGAUUUUCGUACACGCCGUCGUCGCGCCGACGGAGGGAAGUCCGAGCGACGAGCAGAAGGCUGGAUGGUGGGGUGUAGCCGAGGAACUCGCACAAGGCGGCUGCGACCAGAUCAAGGGCAUCGCGGAGCUCGAGGGCGGCUUCGACGCAAUCGGGUUCAGUCAGGGCGGCCUCUUCCUCCGCUGGUACGCGCAGUACUGCGACGGGCCUCCCAUCAAGAACCUCAUCACAUUUGGCACACCGCACUAUGGCAUCGCGGCCCUCAUCCCCUGCCCCGAACCGCCUACGCUGACGUGCUCGCUCGCUGCGCGCGCCGCCAAGGCCGGCAUCUACACACGAUGGGCGCAGUCGCAUCUCAUCCAGGCGCAGUACUACCGCGACCCGGCGCGGAUGCAGGAGUUCUUGGAACAGAACUCGUUCCUUCGUGACCUGAAUGGCGAGGGGGGCGUGGACGAAGGGGGCGGCAGCGGGCGGGAGGAUGGGGGUCGGGGGCUCGUGCGGCUCGAGAACAUGGUCGCGAUUGCGUUCCGGGACGACACCACUGUCGUGCCAGGUCUCUCAGCGCACUGGGCCACAAUUGACCCCCUGAACACGACGCACAUCAUUCCGCUCGAGGAGCAGGAGCUGUAUCGCGGCGACUUUAUCGGUCUCAAGCGCCUCAAGAAGGCGGGUCGCCUUCAUCGCCUCUUCUGUCCCGGUCAGCACAUGGACUUGGGUGGAGAGGGUGGCUGUGGCGACCGACUUGUACGCAAGUGGGUUGGCUGGGCAGCGUAGUGGCUUUUAGUUGUCUCUUCAUGAUAUGUACAGUAUUGUUUUGCGGCGCAAGC